UUUUGGUGGUGACAUGAACAUCAUGACCCACCAAACCCCACCAACUUACCAAGCUACUCCCACCAUAUCAGUCCACCUCUCAUCAGAAAAACCCUAAAUCCAUCUGUCGCUCCCUGAUAGUGCCACUUUUGUCAGUAGUUUCAAACUUCUGUGCCACCAAACACAGGGUCCCCAAAAGGACACCAAAUUCCAGGGCUCUCAUUCACAAAUCUCCUCCAUAAUCUUCAUCUCCUUGCUGUUUUACUUGCAGAGCCUCUCAAAAGGUAAAAAUCUACAGCACAAAUGCUGACUUUGAAUCUUGUUCCUUGUAGCAAUAUCACUUUAUCCAAGCCAAAAAGCCAUCAGUACUCUAUAAAUGCUCUCCACAGGGCUCAGAACCAAGGUGACUUCCACUUGCCUAGGGGUCUGUUCAACAAGCCCAAGUCUCAGGUAAUCUCAAACUUGAGUAGAAUCCAUGGAUACCCUUUUGGGUUUUGUGCAAAACCCAGUUCUCAGAUCCAUGAUACAAGCGCAAAGAUCAAAUCUUUGGACACAACGGGUGAGCACCCAUCUGGGGUUGGUGCAAAGCCCAGAUCUUGGGUUGCUAAAGCUGCUGAGUUUGAGGGGGAAAGUGAAGUUUCCAAGCCUAACAAGACCCUUCAACUUGGUAUUGUGUUUGGGAUGUGGUAUUUUCAGAAUAUUGUGUUCAAUAUCUACAACAAGAAGGUGUUGAAUCUGUUCCCCUUUCCAUGGCUUCUUGCCUCUUUUCAGCUAUUUGUUGGGUCUGUUUGGAUGCUCAUUCUCUGGUCUUUUAAGCUCCAGCCAUGCCCAAAAAUCUCAAAACCUUUCAUUGUUGCUCUUCUUGGGCCUGCACUGUUUCACACAAUAGGCCACAUCUCCGCCUGUGUUUCUUUCUCUAAGGUGGCUGUCUCGUUCACCCAUGUCAUCAAAUCUUCAGAACCAGUUUUCUCAGUCAUUUUCUCAACCAUUUUAGGUGAUAACACCUACCCUUUACGUGUCUGGCUUUCAAUCCUCCCCAUUGUUCUAGGUUGCUCUCUUGCCGCUGUCACCGAAGUCUCCUUCAAUUUGCAAGGCCUGUGGGGGGCUUUGAUCAGCAAUGUGGGGUUCGUUCUUCGCAACAUUUACUCAAAGCGAAGCUUAGAGAGCUUCAAGGAAGUGAAUGGGCUGAAUUUAUAUGGUUGGAUCAGUAUAAUUUCAUUGCUGUAUCUGUUUCCUGUGGCAAUUUUCGUUGAAGGGACUCAAUGGAUUGAAGGGUAUCACAGAGCAAUCCAAGCAGUGGGAAAACCAACCACAUUUUAUAUAUGGGUGAUGUUGUCCGGGGUGUUUUACCAUCUCUACAAUCAGUCAUCAUAUCAAGCACUUGAUGACAUUAGCCCACUGACCUUCUCUGUUGGAAACACAAUGAAGAGGGUGGUAGUGAUUGUAGCCACUAUUUUGGUGUUCAGAAAUCCUGUUAAGCCUUUGAAUGCGCUUGGAUCUGCCAUUGCGAUUUUUGGGACUUUCUUGUAUUCGCAGGCAACAUCCAAGAAAAGCCCAAAGAAAAUUGAAGGUGAAAAGAGUAGUUAAAAUGAAAGUUCAAUUGGUCUCUUUACGAUUUAUUGAUUGUAAUUGAUGGGAUUUGCAUAUCUAGACUUGUUGCUUUUUUCAGGGAUGUGGAAUUUGAUCAACUCUCCUAAAUUGUUUCUUGUGUUUUGUGCUCUCUAUUUGAUAUGAUCGUUCUCUGA